AUGCAUUUGCAGGUCUUCCUGUGCUUUGGAAAUUCUAUAGCCUCUACCCGGUUUCUGUUGCAAGAUGAAUUCAACAUUCAGACAACACAGUGCGACAACUGCAUUAUUGGCUUCAUGUUCUGCCUCCAACAAAUUGCGUGCAUAUUCUCCAUAGUUGCAAUGAUCGUUGGAAGUGAAGAGAUAUCAGAGGCUUCCCAAUUGCUAUCUUGUUUAUCUGAUAUGGUCUAUUGCACGGUCUGUGCUUGUAUGAAGACGCAACACAAGAUCGAAAUGGACAAACGAGAUGGCAAGUUUGGUCCACAACCAAUGUUAGUGCCGCCGAUGCAACAGAUGUCACGCUUGGACCAACAAGUCCCUCCCUCUGUUGGGUAUCCACCUCAACCAGGGUACGGCUACCCACCUUCUCAGGCUCAGGGAUACCCUCCAGCAGGGUACCCUCCAUCAAACUACCCCCAUCUGGCUACCCACCAAAGUGAUACAUUUGAUCCCCUCCUCCACGGUCGCCAUUGUUGA